UGCAUUUGUAAUAUCUCUUUAUAAAUGUUCGCAUUAAAUUACAUAAUUGCCACAAAUGUUGCCUAGGUAGGCGCCUCGGCUGGUUUUGAGACACAGUCCAUCCAUGAUGAACUCGAUUGUGUGUGCGCGUGCUGAUGUUGCUGAGUUGAGCGCGCGUGCUUCACUCAUGCAGUGGGCGGUCCGCGCGUGAAAGAAAACCCCCGUGCGCGCUCUGUCCCCGAUCAUCACAGUCCUCGCAGACCCGGGACAUCCGUCCGUCCGCCUACCUAACCCCAAUCCCAACCCGAAACCCCAGACCCUCACAGGCUCGUUUCAUGCGCGAUCUGAGGCGAUGCUGGACUCCGGUGGCGGCGCGCGCGUGCUGAAGGAGGGCGCGCUGGAGAAGCGCAGCGACGGGCUGCUGCAGCUGUGGAAGAAGAAGCGCUGCGUGCUGACCGAGGACGGACUGAUGCUUCACCCACCCAAACACCACCACCACCAUCACCCCGACACCGGCUGCAAGGUGAAGGAGCUGCACUUCGCCAACAUGAAGACGGUGGACUGCGUGGAGCGCAAGGGGAAGUACGUGUACUUCACGGUGGUGAUGUCUGAGGGCCGAGAGAUCGACUUCAGGUGCCCGCAGGACGAGGGCUGGAACGCGGAGAUCACGCUCCAGAUGGUCCAGUACAAGAACCGCCAGGCGAUCCUGGCCGUCAAGUCCAGCCGGCAGAAGCAGCAGCAGCUGCUGGUGGUCUCCUCGCAGAAGAUGGUCCGAAACGCGCAGUAGGACGCCGGAUAGCCGCGGAGCCUCUCCGGAGGGCUCGAGAACAAGAGACGUUCCCGUGUGAAAGCGGGACUCGAUGCGCAUUACAGCAGAGAGGAGCUCGCGGACGUCGGUUCGGUGUCACCUUGUGCACUUGGACGCGCGCACAGACGCUCUUCAUGCAUUGAAAGACAUCACUGCUGAAUUACCAUCAUAAACGAGCCGGGAAUAUCUCCUCAGAGACUGUUAGGGAGGCCGGGGCAAGUUGUCACAUUGAGGUUUUGAUUGAAAAACUAUUUGUAUGAACGCUCCUAUUGUCUCGCAGUGGUUAUGCGUGUUGCUUUCAAGCAUCUGGUCUUAAAUUAGGGUAUAUAUAUAUAUUAAUUAAUCAUUUGGUAAUCUGUAAAAUCACGCUUGGAUCUAUUAAGGUGAGAGUGAACUGAUUGCAUUCUCCAAAAAUGCCAGGUUGGGGCAAGUUGUCACAUUAUGUAAUGAAUUAAAAUCUGUUGGUCAAAAUGACCUAAUUUGUGUUUCAGAAUUACUUAGUGUCAAAAAAAUGGAAUGUUGCUAUUGUGACAACAUGCCCCACUAUAUAUUAUGUUAAAUGAACUGUCUUUUCUGGGUAGUAAUGGUGUAAAUGUCCCUAUGAUUUCUGAAGCAAAUACUUUAAAGUCUGUAUUUAUACAGAAACUGGCUGAAAAUACCCGGAGUAAAAGGUGUGACAACUAGCCCCGGUCUCUCUUAUAUGUUUAUUGGUUGUAAAUGUGAAAUGCCUUUAGUGCAUCAUCAUCAUCAUCAUCCGUCUGUCUGUUUUGAACAGAAAUGCCACCAUCACUUUCCAUUUCAGCGCAGUUUCAUUUGUCAGUCUCGUGCGGCUCUGGACGUGUAAUCAAUAUCUUCCGGGGGACCUGAAAGGCCAAUUUGUUACGCUCCAGGUCGCAGUCUGCAUGUGCGGUGCAGGGAUUUUAAAGAGACCACCUGAGAGUCACAACACCGCCUUGCAGUGUCACACAUCCAGAAAACUCCUGAAAUCCAGUGAUCCUGUCAGAUCCACCACCAUCAUUUAUGAUCUCUGAUGCUCGACCAGUGGAGAUGCUCUCAGCGUUUAAUGUGCCCAUGCGUUCGAUUAGAUAUUUAUUUGUACAUAUAUUUUGUAACAGUCAUUUGCAUAUCUGAAUGUUGGGUUAUGUCUCUUUAAGUACACUUGCUGCAUCUCAGAAUAAGCUUUUGAUUUUCGUUUUUUGUUAUUUGUGUAACUGGUUUGAAUGGAAGAUCCAACGCUGGUUUUGAAGGUACAUUGUUGGUUCUACUUUUUGUUGUUAUUCAAACCAAAGAAUGUACUUCACCGUUGUCUAAACAUUUCAUUGGGUGGAUCUACAUCAUGUUGACUUGACGUAACUCUUAGGGGCCGUUCACACAGAGCACGUCUUUGCAUCGAAAAAUGCGAAUGCAUAGCCUCCUUGUUAGAGCACCUGCCUCCUAUGCCAGCGUAACCGGGUUCGAGUCCCGCUUAGGGCGGUUCAAACAGGAGGGGUUACAUUUACAUAGAAAAACAAUGGAAAAGUAGCGCAUUCUGUGUGAACGGCCCCUUAAGGUUCAUUAAUUUUAACUAAGAAAGUUGACUGUGCCAUUGACCUCAGUCAGUGUAGAUGCCAUAAUUGAUGCAAUGAAAAUGUGAUGUGCAGUUUUCCAUUUUGUUCCACUGGAAAUGGCAAAAACACUUGGUAAAGUCUCAUAUGUCUUCUUUUCACAGCCCCGUUUUCAUUCCCGCCAAAUUAAACGUGGCCUCUAUCCUGACUGAGGAUGUUGAUCUGUGUAUUCCGAUCAAUAGUGCAUUACAUAAAACUUUUCUCAGUCGAAUGCACAGUGACAGAAAUGAACUGGAUGUUGUUGAUUCAUCAGAAAUGCCAGACGAUCUGCUGUCGAGUCCUGCGUGUGACUGAAUUGUUGUUUGCUUUGUGUGAAAAUGACAUUUUUUGAUGGAACGGCAUCGUUCCUUAAGCUGAUCUGAAUGCCACUUUCAUACCUUUGAAAUAUACAUUCCAUUUCAAAUGAA